AUGGACCUCGGGCGCGUGUGCGUAGACAAGACGGACUACUUUACACCCAACGCCGUAAUUGCUUACACAUCUCUGACUGUGAAGAAGCAGUCCACAACGGGCAUUCCAAGUCCACCACAAGAUGCGAAUCCACUCGAACCAGCAAGCGUGCACUCAGUAAUCUCGUCUGAGGAGAUCGAGGUCGCUAUAGAGACACUGCAGACGCUAUCCGCACAUCCACUACUGAUUAAGUCAAAGGCAUGCAAAGAUCUUAGGACUGCCGUAUACGACUUCCGUCAAGCAUGUACGACCGGUCUGAACUCAGCUGAUGGCAGUAACCUUACUGCGCGCAUAUCAGGUGCGCUCACAGACGCAAAGUACACAGAAGCCCUCAUCUUGUUGGCAGAGAUGAAAAUUAGGAAAGACACUCCAACACUAGGUGCUCUUUGUCGCUGGGUGCGCACUCUGGACGUGGUUUCCGGGCUCUCGAUUCAUGUCCAGGUCCCUAGUCACGAAGUGGUUGGUAAGAAUGCGCAAAACGACGAGCUGAUUGGGGUAUUGGAUUCAAUAUUAAGAGUCACGGGUCCGACGGACACAACGGCCCACGGCACAGACAUCGCAUCGGGUAUCUCACUACAAGAUACCUGGGAUUUACGAGGCACCAGCAAGCCUACUCGUCAAAUACGGCGAAGCGUCGAGGAUAAGAGCAUCUUCACUUCAUGCUCUCCAGAUCUCAAAGACCGCUUUCGCAUCAUUGAGACCACACCUGGACUCCAGCGCAAACCACCGAAUCUUCAUCCCGCAAUCUUGUACGCUUCCCAAGAUGACGCUGUGCUGCUCGGCGAGGGACCCAAGACAGAGUGCUUCAAGCACCCAAUUGUGCCUAACCUGCGUCUGAUCAAGGAUGUGCUUUCUCCAGAGGAAUGCUCCUCUAUCAUUGCAGCUGGAGAGACUAUAGAGUUCAUUCCAGAUGCGCCGAUGCGACCUCAAGGUGAAGACACGAGUGUGCUAGCACACAACUUCUACUGGAUCGUCGACCAAGCGUUCCACGACAAGCUCUGGGACAGAGUGAAGGGCUUCGUGCCGGAAAGCGUGGCUGGCAAGAAAGUGCGAGGUAUCAACCGACGCUUCAGAGUGUACAGAUAUGUGCCUGGUGCGGAAUACCGUAUGCAUAUCGACGGCGCAUGGCCACCUUCAGGUAUCGAUCCUGUCACUGACGCCUACAAAUAUGAUGCGUCGCCAGCCAAUGCUCGCCAGUCAUCCCUCUACACCUUCCUCAUCUACUUGAACGACGAGUUCAAGGGUGGCGAAACCACUUUCUUCAUUCCAAGUGUGAAGGAAGGUGUCAUCAACGCCUAUCCGGUCAAGCCUAUCAUGGGUAGUGUGGCUGUAUUUCCACACGGCGAAGCUCAAGGCGCAAUCCUUCACGAGGGCACUGGGGUCGUCGAGGGUGCAAAGUAUGUGAUCAGGACGGAUGUUGAGUAUGAUGUCGACAGUACAGUCUAA